AUGGAAUGGUCGCCAAAGCCAACAAAGAUGAGCCCCUCAAGCAAGCCCACCAAGCGAAGACAGAAGGGAAAAACCUCAACCUCAUUAACUUUGAACGAGGCUGUCAAGAAUUUGAUGAAAUGCGAUAUCCUGAGCGCGAAUGAGAAUGCGAGUGAUAUGCAGCAAUUUGUGCCUGUGUCCAAGCUUGGGGACCAAGCGAAAGCGCUCGCGGAAGAGGUUGCGAAGCUUGCAAUUGACGACCAAGCACAAGCCAAAAAGGACGCAAAUGCAUUGAUUGCGGAUUCGAGGAAGUUCACUCCUUCGGCGAAAAUUGUUGACAUGAACUGGCCGGUUAAGGGUCUUAACACAUUGCUCAUGCACCACCAGGUUCGAAAUCUAUCAAACUCAAUUUGUGACAUUGACUAA